CCGUACUGUUUGUCAGAAAAUUGUGGGGCAUGCCAAAGACCCUGAAUUUUGCGGCUCUGCGAUAUGUUUGCCAACCAAGUCAGCCUUGGCUCAUACUCCGCGGCAGAGGCUCGAUGAGGUGUGAUUGUUACAAGGUCCGUUGCCCUCGUUCUCCUCGGUGCAUUCAUGCAGCAUCAACAAGGCGAGGCUCUACUUUCCCGACCAUGCUGCCCUGCCGUAAGGUUGUCUCUUGUCCAACAGGGCACCGAAUGUCUCAUAUGUUACCCGUCUCCCUUUUGUUCUCAUCGGAUCGUGGCUGGAUUGGACGUCACACUCCGCAUGGCCAUGGAAACGAUAGGUUGCUCCUGCCGCCUACGCAACGUGCAGUGCCCCCGUUGGACAACAUGUGGGUGCUGCACUCAAAGCAAGAUACUCCAAGUCACAAUGUGAGCUUCAAGUGUGGUAAAGAAAUGAGCCACGGAACAGUAUAUAUAUCUGUCGUCAUCUUCCCUCACAUAGGUAUCGAGUAUCAACUUUUGUUCCACUUCUCGUAUACCACACAAGCUUGUCAAUUCUCCGUUGAAGUACAACACCAAUCCCAAACAUGGUCCCUCACACUUCUGGACUCGUGGACACAGCCUCAGCUCUCGAGGAGAACGUGGUCUUCCAACCUCUCAUCCAACUCACCUAUAACGUUACAUGUUCACACUGUAACGGGACCAAGCCUAACGGCCACAAAUGCCCACAUUGUGACCAAACCUAAUGAUCACAAACGCCCACAUCACUGUGAACAAGGCUGCUAUCUAGAUGAUCGUGAUUAUUUUUAUAUCCUUUAGCAGAGAUCACUCGUUGCGACAGGGAUGUCCUGGAAAGUCGGUUAGCAGAAGUGUUAGGGCGAGUAAACAUUGAAGUACCUUUGUCGGAGUUGUUCUCGGCCUGAUCAUUAUAAGGUCUGAGAGAUGGGACUUGUAGAUAGCUUUCUUCAUCACGCUUUUCACACUUUUGCACAGUCAGCCGUUGGUUUUUGCAGCAGUGCAUACGGAAGACAACGAGAAUGGCUC